CUCUCCUCUUCUUGGGAAUCUUCCUCCUCUUGUUGCCUGUCGUCAUCUUAUCUUCUGAAUCUGUCUUGAUCCUUUCUCUCCUCAAGGGGCAACGUGCAUAAAUUUCACUCGCCCUUUGCAGUUCCCCUCCACGGCCAUCUUCUUCUUCUUGAUCAAAGAGGGAGGAGAGAGAGAGAGAGAGAGGGAGAGAUGGCCGCCGGUCAGCCGGGUUUGGUCAAGUUCUUGUUUUGCCUUGCAACCCUUUCCAUCUUGCUCGCUCAGGUCAAUGCAGAGAAAUCACUUUCCCAGCUCAAGCUCAACUCUCAUAUUCUUCAGAACUCUAUAAUCAAAGAGAUAAAUGAGAAUCCCAAUGCUGGAUGGCAAGCUGCCAUGAAUCCUAGAUUCUCAAACUUCACUGUUGGCCAAUUUAAGCAUCUCCUUGGAGUUAAGCCAACCCCUCACGGAGAGCUGACACAGGUUCCUGUCAAAACUCAUCCAAAAUCCUUGAAGUUGCCAGAAAAGUUUGAUGCUAGAACUGCUUGGUCCCAGUGCAGCACGAUUGGAAGAAUUUUAGAUCAGGGUCAUUGUGGUUCAUGCUGGGCAUUUGGUGCUGUUGAGUCACUGUCAGAUCGUUUCUGUAUCCAUUUUGGAAUGAACAUUUCUCUCUCUGUCAAUGAUCUCUUAGCCUGCUGUGGCUUUAUGUGCGGAGCCGGCUGCAAUGGAGGUUAUCCCAUGUUUGCAUGGCGCUACUUUAUGCACCACGGUGUUGUCACUGAAGAGUGCUAUCCAUACUUUGAUGAUAUCGGCUGUUCCCACCCGGGUUGUGAGCCUGAAUAUCCCACUCCGAAGUGUGUGAGGAAGUGUGUGAAUGGGAACCAGAUGUGGAGGUCCUCAAAACACUACAGCGUUAGUGCAUACAGAGUCGAUUCCGAUCCAUACAACAUUAUGGCCGAAAUUUACAAGAAUGGACCUGUGGAGGUGUCUUUCACUGUUUAUGAGGAUUUCGCUCAUUACAAGUCAGGAGUUUACAAGCACGUUACCGGUGAUGUGUUGGGUGGUCACGCUGUUAAGUUGAUUGGCUGGGGAACUACUGACGAUGGCGAGGAUUAUUGGCUUAUUGCGAAUCAGUGGAACCGCAGUUGGGGCGACGAUGGUUAUUUCAAGAUCAGAAGGGGCACGAAUGAGUGUGGUAUUGAAGGGGAUGUGGUUACUGGUUUGCCUUCAACCAAGAACCUUGUCAGAAAGGUUGUUAGCGUGGAUGAUUCUGGGGAUGCGUCGCUGUGAAGGAUGUGAGAUUCAGCGUCGUAUUACAUGUUGUAUGUGCAUCAGUCACCGUGGAAGACGAUGGUUUGGACUCCAUUUAAGCAAAUACUUCCCCCGAUGCGGUUACGGCAGCAAUGCUUCUACGCUGUUUUCUUCCUUUGUAUCAAUAGAGUCUUGUUUCCGCAAGAACUAAUUGAAUUCUCAUCUUUCAUUACCAACUGCAAUUAUAGUUGCUGUAGAAUUGAACCCUGAGCCGUUUGCGAAAGCAACAGGGCCAGACUGAUGGCUCAGUUUAUUAAUAAGGGUUCACUCUACUAUGUGCCGAGACAUUGGAAAACUCCAUUUAUGAUACAUAAAUAGGGACCCUUGAUGUCCAUGCCAA